AUGAGGUGCCCAAAAGGUGGGUCCCUAAUGUUUUGCACAGAUGGAUUCCUGAUGAUAUUGGUAUGAACAGGUUUCAGACAAAUAAUACUGUUGUUUUCAUUCGCAAUUGUUAUUACCAAAUGAUAUCUAAUCUGCUUUCAGAUUAGAUCAGACUAGAGCCUGGAUAAGUGUGUCCUUUCCAAGGUUCUAUCUAGGGUAUUUGAGGGGUAGAAGUUAGCCCCCCAAAAUGCCCCGCUUCCCUCAAAAAAAUAAUGUUAUCAUUACAGUAUAUUUCCCUCUAAAAAAUAAUGUUAUCGUUACAGUAUAUAAGUAAGUAUAUGGUAAAAAUCAUCCAGAUGGGACAAGGUCAGUGCACACACUGUAACAUUUCUCAAAAUUGUGUCUCAAAAUGCACCAGAUUGCAGUGCAUGUUCAUUUCAUGAAAUGUCUGGGGGGGGGGGUGCAUGCCCCCAGACCCCCCUAGGAAGAGCCUUCCUUUCCCUCCUUAAAAUGGGUGGAAAAGCAGCAUCAUAAACUCUUAUAGUUUCCUAAGUACUCAGUAUUACAGGUACUAAUACCAAGAGUUCCUUACUUGUGCCUAUUAUUAAAGUUAAAAAUUGGCUUUAAGUCACUUGUUUUUAUUAUCGGUCACCUUAGAAGAACUGUUGUUUGAAAUUCUGGCCAUAAGUUGAAAAAUAAUGACUUAUUUUACACUUUCAUUUUAUCUUUCACAGGAAUUGAAAUCACUGGUGAAAUCAAACAAGAUUACACUCAGAUUUUGUCCUAUGAAGCCCUUGAGUUUUUGGCUGAUCUCCAUCGGAGCUUCAACUACCAACGAAAAAAGUUGCUCAAGAAGCGCAUGGAAAUUCAAGAAGCAAUCAAUGCUGGUAAUCCAAUCAAAUAUCCUGAAGCACACCACGAGAAAAAUUGGAAAGUAGCCGCUGUUCCUCAUGAUUUGCAGAUGCGACAUGUAGAGAUCACUGGGCCAACUGACCGUAAAAUGGUCAUUAAUGCUUUAAACAGUGGUGCUGACAUGUAUAUGGCUGAUUUUGAGGAUUCACUUACUCCAUCUUGGAAGAAUAUUAUUGAAGGGCAAAUGAACCUCUUGGAUGCCAACAGGAAGACAAUAAGUUUCACUAAUCCAAAUGGUAAGUGAAUAUAUUUGAAUAAAGCAGAGUAUUCUAGCUGUGCCUGUAAAAAGCCCCAUGACGCAGCUUCUGACAAAUUCCUCUAUGUUCGCAUGCUAGAGGACAAGGUCACAGUGAAAGAACAUUUUUCUACCAGUUGAUUUUCUUUCAAAAGUCAACUCUAUGAGAUGGAUACCUUUUGUUGGUCCCUGCUCUAAUAUGUUUUUAAGUCAGAUUGGAUUGUUGUCACAAGUAAAAACUGACAGGUGAUGAUGUGUUUAGUUACUAACCAUUUUCUUAACCUUUAACCCAUUCGCCCCUGAACCGCCCGUAACCGCCAGUGCGGAUCCAGGUCCUUUCUACCCAUUUUGACGUCAUCAGUUUUAACGGUCAAGGACAACUUUCUUCGCUAACUUGUGCAGAGUGAAGAGAUCUUUCAUACCAUACCAGAAUGAGCACAAUUCAGUCAAGGACACCGGAGAAAGAAGCAAAAAACCACGUGACAAGGACCUGAAAAUCUCCCUGAAAAUCUUGUUCCAUUACCCACCUACCUUUCCUUUCACCUAAUCCUAAGAUCCUAAAAGCUUUCCUAAAAACUCUUCCCACCAAAAUCAAGCCUACUAAAUGCCCAGCAAGAGAAAAAAAAAUGAGGCAAGAAAAGCGAAAAAAGAAGGGAGGAGAGAAAGCGAAAAGUAAAAGUCAAGACUGCUGUGUCACUUUUAAACCCAAAAACUAUCUCGAAAUUUUGCUUUCUGCGCAUGCCCGAACUUUGCAAGCUGAUAUUUUGCAUCUGGAUCAGAAGGUCGCGAAGUGUUCGACCUGUAAACCAGUUUGUGGUAAGUUUUAGCUCUUUAUAGCACGACGGUGACCAGAAAACCACUCGACUAGCUUCAAAACGCGUUUUUCGGCAAAAUCUCCAGGAGCGAAUGGGUUAAAGUCUAUCUGAUCCUUACAAAAUUCUCUAUGAUAAUUGUCAAAUGAAUAUUCAGUUUUUAAAAUAUCAUUAAAAGUGAGCUUUGAUAGAUAAUAUUAAAAACCUUGGAGAUGUUAAACAUCUUUAAGGCAUUCCUAGUAAUUGAUUGUUUGCUUAAUAUUAUAUAUUUCAUCUGUAAUGUAGGAUCAGAGCGCCGUUUAAAGGACAAGACAGCCUGUCUGUUGGUACGUACACGGGGUUGGCAUCUUGAUGAGAAGCACAUCCUAUGUGAUGGAGAACCUAUGUCAGGAGCACUGGUAGACUUUGGUCUUUACUUUUUUCAUAAUGUCCAUGUAAGGGUUGCAAAUGGCUCUGCUCCAUACUACUACCUUCCCAAAAUGGAGACCCACUUGGAAACCAGACUGUGGAAUGAUGUUUUUAGAGCUGCACAAGAUUACAUGAAAGUACCUCAAGGUAAGUCCCUGCUGUUAAUAAGGACCCAAAUGUUGGUACUAUAGGGUGAAAGUCAGUUAUCAGUGCAUCUAAUCGCAGUGUAACUAAUAUUAUUAUGACUAUCAUUUGAUUCUUUUGUGAAAUUCAGCUUUUAAUGGCAUGCUUAAUUUAAAGAAUGAAUCAGAUAAGUUUGAGAUGGAAUCACAAAUGAGUUAUGACUCUUCAGGUUGUUUUGUUGAGACAGUUUCGCUUUAAUACAGGGUACCAGAGUUAAAUGAUUUUCACACAUUCUUGUUAAAUUGAUCCUGUCCUGGUUGUUGCAUGUUAGGAACAAUCCGUGCAACUGUGAUGGUGGAAACCUUGCUGGCUGCAGUGAACAUGGAAGAAAUGCUUUAUGAGAUAAAAGAUCACUGCUGUGGUAUGAAUGCAGGGAGAUGGGAUUACAUAUUCUCUGCAAUCAAGAGAUUGUCAAGGAGACCUGACUGUGUUUUGCCAGACCGUAAGAUGGUAAGAAGGAUGGCUUUAGUUCUCUACCAUAACUGUAAAACAUUUGGCCAUCAGUUGCCCUGAUGUCAGUAUCAAUAUGCCACUUGCGCAUCUCCCAUAAUACACCUUAUUUGUCCCCCCCCCCCCCCCCCAAAAAAAAAAUUGGCAUAACCGUUGUCUUGACGUUCUCUUGGGACGGCUGUUAAUACCCAGGAGAAAUGAAAAAUAAAGGCUAUGCAAAAUUUUGGGGGGCAAGUAAGGUGCAAUAUAAGAGGUGUGCUAGUGGCAUAUAGGAGAGUGUAAUAGGACACCCACAGAGUGGUAAAAAGUAGCUGGCUGCCAGCAAAAAUCGCCACCCACUUGGUUAGUAUCAGCCGGCCACUCUGUUUCGCAUUUCUUUACAGAUGGCAUUUUUUAAAUAAAAUAUCCCUGGACUGGCCACUUACUUUGACAACUUAGGCAUCUGCUUCAAAACUUUCUGACAAGCCUGAACUUCUACACCCAGCACCAUGCCCAAGUAAUUGGACAGCAAAUGUAUGUGCCAUUGAAAGUGUGCACUUGAAUGAGUAUAUUCUUCACUUUUAGCAAAAACUCUCUGAAUAUCCUGUGUUUUAGUUUUAGAAGUUUAAGAUAUCUCAAAUUUUGUUAUAGUUAUGAUUACCAGAAGUUUUUGUCAUCCAAUUUGGUUGGUAAUCAUGCUCAUGAUUCAAGAAAUUGGACUCCCUUAUCACUCAUAUGAUUACAGACUGAAUUGGACUCUCACUCAGUCCUAUUACUAUCAUAAUUUUGUGCUAGAUAUAUAAACUCCAAAUUUUAUAUAUUUUACUGUACAGUUAUUUAUAAGGUAAAAACCAACAGUAUCAUGCCAAAGCAAGUGAAAAUGAAUGAUAAACUUUCAUCUGAAGAGAUCACAUGAUUAGUUGUUUUUCAUUUUAUACCUGACAAGAAAACUGAGCUGUAAAAGAUGAUUUGUGGUUCAGCGAGAGUUCAGAAAAGAAACCUUUACCUUUUGUUUACAUUUAGCCGUAAUAUCUCAAUUUUUUUUCAGAUAACAAUGACUGUGCCAUUUAUGAAAGCAUACACUGAACGCCUUGUCCAAGUUUGUCACCAACAUGGUGCUCAUGCAAUGGGUGGAAUGGCUGCUUUCAUCCCAAGUCGAAAGGAUGAGAAUGUUAAUAAGGUGGCCUUUGAAAAGGUUCGCCAAGACAAGGAACGAGAAGUAGCUGAUGGCUUUGACGGAACUUGGGUUGCUCACCCUGAUCUUGUACCUUUUGCGAAAGGCAUUUUUAUGAAGGUGAGAAAGAAAUUAACAAAUGAUAAAUGGCUCAAAAUGUACUAUUGAGUUAUAGUUGCAGGUGAGAGGUUACUAAGCACGAAUAAUAGUGUAAGAGUCACUUAAGGCAAUAGCUGAGUGUGACUCUAGCUUCUUAAGUGAUUAGCAGUCCUCCCAAGUGCAACUAUAACUCAAAAGUACACUUUGAGCUGUUUACCAUUUUGUUUUACAACAUAAUCAAAAGAGAACAACUUUUAAUUUUACUCACAGAUAGCAGGGGAAUAACAUGAGUGCUGUCAUCUGCUCACACUAUGGCAUGUACAAAUCAUUUGUUGUAAAUUCUUAUCUUUCAAAAAAAUCGUUUUGCUGAAUUGAUUCCCCCAUCUCAAUGUGGAUUACAAAACCUUUUACAUAUAGCACUUUCUUUCGGUAUCAAAACAAAAACCUUUGGAGACUAAGUGGAAAACAAUGGAGUGGCCAUAGAAAGUGAUGCUUACAGCUUUGAAUGUGCGCUAGCUUUUUUCACCAUUCACCCAUGGGCAAAUAGUAAAUGGGUAAUAUUAUUGACGGAUCCGAGUGCCCGCUUUACUUUUGUUAUGUUGUGAUCAUGAUUUGUCAACACUCAAAGAGCAAGGAACAUAACUGUAUAUAAAUAAGCAAUAAUUAUUAUUUGAAUGUUUACAUACACUAUGGCAAGGCAACAAAAGCUCAGUCAGUCGGGCCAGAGCUAUAAGCUACUGAGAAAUGAAGAUACGGUUUUUGCCCUGCGAAUGCCUAGAUCUUUACAUGGCUUGGAUGACAAGUACAUGAAGAUGGCUGUUGUGCCUAUUCGGCAUGAGGAAGUUUGUUUUUGGGAUAUUUAAAUCCUCACUGAUAGCCAUCUCCACUCAACUGAGUUACCUCUACUAAACAACUACAGAAUUUUGUCAGGGCCCAAGCCCAUAUUAUAUUACAGUUAUUGAUACCUCCAUAUAACAGCCACCUCUUCAAAUGGUAGCAUUCAGAAUCUUUUGCCAUUGUGAAUACUAGCCAGGCUAAUCUCCAGGGUCCGGUUCCUCGAAAGAAGGUUAAGUUUGACUCAAGAUUAAACCAAAUUUUAAGCACGGUUUUCUUGUCUAGGACCAUUUAACUCAAGCUUACAAAAUACUGUUCAGCCUGCACUCUGAGAUACAGUAAUGAUAACAUAAAAAUGUUACUCUAAGCAAUACAUAUAAAUACAAAAAGUGGAACAAAAUUUUAAUCCUGGGUUAGUGCUAAUCGGGCUUUCAGGAACCGGACCCAGGGUUGUCAAAAUUAGCCGGCUGCCAGCAAAAAUCACCACCUUCUUGGUUAGUAAAAGGCCGGCUACUCUGCUUGGCAUUUCUUUACGGAUGGCGUUUUUUAAAUAUAAUAUCCGGCUUGGCGCACGCUACUGGUGUACACGAGCGUAACACCGUGCCUUACGCACGAUUCGCGCUCAAGAAAAGGCACGGUUUUUGUGCCAAAGCACGGGAAAAAAACAUGCAAAGGCACAGAUUAGGCACACUUUAGGCACAGUUAAGGCACGUUUUAAAUAUUGCUAAGGCACACUUUAGGCACAGUUUGGGCACAGUUUUAGCACGGUUUAGGCACGGUUUGGGCACAAAUAUUCAACGCAUGGGCACUUUUUUGAAAAUCUUUGUAACCCGACUUGCAAAAAAGAACAAACUUGGUACGAAUUACAAAAAUAAUUCAGAUCAAACACGAUACAGUUAGAAGUAUAGGAAGUGUAAGUUUUGAGCCGCGCCGAAAGUCUGGAAAAUUAAAGUAUUCUUCGACAGUCCGUGUUUACUCCGAAGAUAAAGUGGAAAUUCACACGCGAUAUAUGCCGGUCUGAACCUUUUCGAUUGCCAUGCAAUUUUAUAGACUCGCUUUCUUUCGUUUCUAAAAGAAAUCGUGAAAGAAAGUCAAAGCCAUAAUAACAAAAAGAAAGCUAAAGAAGUGAGGCACAAAAAUAGCCAAUAAAAGUCGUAGAAAAUACUUUUUGCGAUCGCGGUAAAACUGGCCUGAAUUUGCAUAACAACAUGAAAAGUACAGAGUGGUAAUUUGAAACCUUCAUGCCAACGUGUGUUAUUUUUAAAUACAAAAUGCGGCUGGUUUUUAAAAGUAUUUCUCUAACUAAAAAAGUAGGGUUUACACUGUAGUAAAAUAAUUCAAGCUGCUUGUUUGUUUUUGUUUUCUGGCUCUGUUAGCAAAUUAAGCUUUGAUCGUAUAAUAAUCGAUGAGACGUACCAUUUAUUUCAUCAAAACUCAUCGGCGUGCAAUCAAUUUUUUCGUUUUCAUUUUAUAAGUCAUAUCACAAGUAAAUUCUUUUUUUGAAUGCAAAUCUGCCCUCCUGAAAAAAACAAAUAUUUCGUUCCAACUAAACGCUCCAUUAAGAAGGGGAGAAGAAGCCUACUCGGAAAUUUUUUAACAUCGAUGAAAUUAGCAUAAUAUCAACAAUGUAAUUGCAUGCUGAGUACUUACUUUAAAUACGCUAACCUGUUUAAGAUUCCAUUUUCCUGUUUGUCGGGGCUUUCCCUGCUGUCUCUAACCGUAUUCUGAGUCAUGUUAUUUCUUAUUAGGGGAUAAAAAGGUCGUCAGACCGUGUUUCUAGACUUCGUAAACCUCAAAACUGACAUAAUUGCCGUGCGCCCUUUUCGUUCGCUAUGGAGCUCGAUAGGCUGGACACGAUUUUCCGAGUGACUCAAUAUUUUGGCACAACUUGUGCACAGAUUAGGCACAGUUUGGGCACAACUUAGGUAACGGCUUAGGCACGUUUUUUUUCAAAACUAAAAUGCACACUUUAUGCACAUCUUAGGCACAUUCUAGGCACAAAAUCUUUAUGCCAAAGCACACUCUAGAAUCCGAUUUUCGGUCCAACACGGGUUUCUUAAUUUUCACGUUAAAAAAAUGCUGUCUAACCUUACAUAUUUGAUCUUAGCGUAAAAAUGGGUUUCCCAAUUCUUAACAGUUAGUCUAUAAGGAAAAUUUAACUUAUGAGCAUUCCAAAAUUAUUAUUUCUUCUCUUAACAACAACAGAAAGUCAAUGAAAAGCAAUCUUUUAAAUUGACGUCGCUGCACAGAGAUCGUAUGUAGACAGAACAUCUUUCUGAAAACGCCCUAAACUUUGUUGUUUUGCUAUUAUGUUCAGUAAUUUUUAAUACAGUUAGUACUCAUAAGUCACUGACCUCUUCGGAGAAAUUUUUCCAAAGUACCAUUAACAGAAACAGAGAAAUCCCACAAUAUGCGUGGUUAGACUGUAAAUGUUACGCGAGCUGUUAAAAAAUGGUCCCAUUUUGAGCCAUAUUUUUCAUAUUUCAAUUUUAUUUUGGUCUUACAGCCAGGAAAAAAAUACUCAAUGAAAAGCUGUUUAUAAACUUUAACUUCUUGCCAAAUAUCGAUGCGAUCUGAGUUUUAAUAAGUUCAUAAGAGCCAAACGAUGUGAGAUUCUUAGCCGUGUACACCAGUAGCGUGUGCCAGGCCAUCCCUGGACUUGCCACUUACUUUGACAACUUAGCCAUCUACUUCAAAACUUUCUGACAACCCUGAACCUCUACACAAUGGCUAUGUGGCAAGUCGAAAAUAAUUAAAUUCACGUUAAAUUUUUUAACCAGCUAGGUCGAUUCUCAAUUUUCUUUGUUUUCUAGCCUUAAUUGCUAGUUUAAAAACUUUUAACAUGAAUUUUAUUUUGACCUGUAACAGCUAUAUCACCGUAGUAUAAAACAGUAGUAAUGGAAAUGAUAGGGAUGCCAGGGCAAAAUUUUAUACCUACAAAAAAGUGGUAGUGCAUUGCCACAAAGACCUACAAAGCUGACACUGAUUAAGUAAUCUAGGUGACUUUAUCUGCACAAUGAAACCACAUUGUCCUUAAAUUGGGCAUGAGGCCAUUUUGUGCAGGUUGACUGUCGAUAAUGUUUUACAUCACUUUACUUAAUGAAUCUCCCUGCUGUACAUUUCAUAAUUAAUGGUACUUGUUUAUUUUAAUUAAUAGUUGUUUAUUGUAAUUGCAGGGUUUACAAAAUGCUUGCCAUCAAAAGCACCGUUUGCGUGAAGAGGUGAACAUCAAGGUUGAAGAAAUCUUGGCUAUCUCUGUGCCAGGUGGAAAGAUCACUGAAGAAGGCUUAAGAGUCAAUAUUGAAGUUGCGUUGCAAUAUCUUAACAGCUGGCUCUCGGUAAUUUGACUUAUUCUGAUGUUGUCUGGUCCUAACACUUCCAUAAUAACAAUAGAUGAAUUAUGAACUUAACAAUUUUUUAAGUGCACUGGAAAUCACAACUUAAACGAGACAACAAUAUUAUUAUGAAAAUAUUUUAAUCUUGCGUCACUUUCUUACCCCUGUGUGCUGUCCUCUGUAGACCACAUAUCGGCACUUCACAAGGUAAGGGAGUUCAAAAAAAAGGGUUUUGUAAAGGCGGCCAUAAGUAGAGCUGUUCGCUUACAAGAAUGUUCCUUAGGAGAGCUUCUACUGUAUUUAUAGGAUGCUGAUAACUGUUUCAUUUCCUUUAAAGGGUGUUGGAGCAGUGGCCAUUCACAAUUUAAUGGAAGAUGCUGCCACUGCAGAAAUUUCCCGAGCUCAACUGUGGCAGUGGUUGAGGCACAGUGUGCGACUUGAGGAUGGCCGCCCAGUCACUCCCGAACUAUACAAAGCAAUACACACGGAAGAGCUUGAUAAGCUCGGAGGACCUUCAAAAGGUCGCCUUGGGCAAGCAUCCCAGCUCAUGGACAAGAUGGUUCUUUCUGAAGAGUUUGUAGAGUUUCUCACCCUUCCAGCAUAUGAUUUACUGGAUAAUCCUCAUGCAAAGCUUUAGAGCUUUGCCUUUGAUGGUUGUAAUGCUUGUAACAAGUUCUGCUAUCUGUGGAGUGUGUUGUGUAAAUUAAAAGAAAGUUGCUGUAAAGAUCAUUU